AUGCAGUCGUCGCGCGUCGCACGGAUCCUGGCGACGGCCGCCAGCCGCUGCUCCACGUACAUGCGCCGCGGUCAGGGUGUGGCGGCCGCGUUGCCCUUAGCCGGUGCCCCCCCCAUGCCCGUGCCAGCCGCCUCCCCUCUGGCGGUAGUGGCACCGCAAGCAGCUGCCUCCUCUCGCCUCUUCUCGACGGCUCUCAACAUUCAUCGCGACUCGCCAGACAACAACCUCGAGACGCCCUUCGAGUUCUCCCCCCUCACCCUGAAAAAGGCGAACGAGCUCAUAUCGCACUACCCCGCCAACUACCGCCAGUCAGCUGUCAUCCCCAUCCUCGAAAUCGUGCAGCAGCAGAACGGUGGCUGGCUCACCGUUGCAGCCAUGAACAAGGUGGCGAACCUAUUGGGCAUGCCCUACAUUCGCGUGUACGAGGUCGCGACUUUCUACACCAUGUUCAACAGACAACCGGUGGGAAAGUACCAUCUGCUUGUGUGUGGCACCACGCCAUGCAUGCUACGCGGCGCCAGAGACAUCGAGGCUGCGCUGCUCAAGCACCUGGGCGUUGAGAGGAACGAGUUGACCAAGGAUGGGCUCUUCUCAGUGGGCGAGAUGGAGUGCAUGGGCUGCUGUGUGAACGCGCCGAUGAUCACAGUGGCCGACUACAGCAACGGGGUGGAGGGCUUCACUUACAACUACUACGAGGACCUUACUCCCGAGUCAGUGGUGGCGAUUGUGGAGGCACUCCGGCGAGGGGAGAAGCCCAAGAUCUUCAUUUUCCUCCCUCCCCUCUCCCUCCCUUCCUCCCUCCCCUCUCCCUCCCUUCCUCCCUCCCCUCUCCCUCCCUCCCUCCCCUCUCCCUCCCUUCCUCCCUCCCCUCUCCCUCCCUUCCUCCCUCCCCUCUCCCUUCCUUCCUCCCUCCCCUCUCCCUCCCUUCCUCCCUCCCCCCUUCCCUCCCUCCCUCCCUCCCUCCCUCCCUCCCUCCCCUCCCCUCCCCUCCCCUCCCCUCCCCUCCCCUCCCCUCCCCUCCCCUCCCCUCCCCUCCCCUCCCCUCCCCUCCCAAGUGGAUCCCAGAUCCUAAAUAGCAUAUGUUGUGCUCCAGAGGGCGGCCCCACCACCCUGACUGGCAAGAUCAAGCUGGGCACUUUCACGUGA